ACGUCGCCAAGGAGAAUGGGCAGUUGUGUCAACAUUAAGAACGGAGAUAAUUUUUAAGGUUCGAGAACGAUUCAAACUGCAAAGAUGUCUUGCGAAAAGAGCUCUGUUAUAUUAGAUGAAAAGACUCCUUUUCAUAAUGAAUACCCGAAAAAGAAAGUUUGUUCCAAGUCGGUUGUCAGCUGGCUCCUGGCUGCUUUCUUGGUGGCUCUUAUCGUCGUCUUGACCGUCCAGUUUUUGUACCCUGCUGUCGAAAAGAGAGUUCAGUCUGAAAUUCAGAACUUCAAUGUUUAUGAAGAUAACCCAAUUGAAGUCAAUCUUAUGUCUCAAAGUUAUCCUUCUUCUAAAGAAACAUCGUCGGAAAAAAAAGGAGCGAAGAAAACUGAUGAGGAAGAUAAACCCAUGCCCUGGCGCCGAAACUUUCUAAUUAAUCCAGUUGAUUUGUGCAUUACUCGAAAUCAUCCGAAAUCCGAAGAAUACCUGAAGGAUCCGGAGGUAAAGCUCCUCAUGUUAGUAUCAUCUGCUACUGGCCAUUUUGCACAAAGACGGGCCAUACGGAAUACUUGGGGAUCCAUAGCAAAUUCAUUAUUUGGCCCCAUGCGCUUAGGAUUUGUCCUAGGUACUACAUCCAACACUACAGAAGAACAGUUAAUUCAGCAAGAAAGUGAGCGCUACAAGGACAUCAUCCAAGCAGAUUUCGAGGAUACGUAUCGAAACUUAACUACUAAAAGUAUCGUCAUGCUUAAGUGGGUGGCAAAGUACUGCCCGCAUUCCCAGUUUUUCUUAAAAGCGGAUGAUGAUACGUUCAUAAAUGUAGGCAUCAUCGCAAGAAUCUUGGGUAAAGAACCUUUCGCUUCUAAAGACAAAUUCAUUGGGGGAUAUGUUCACAGUGGUGCCCAGCCUUCAAGAGACCCCAACGAGAAGUAUUACGUCUCCGAAGAUGACUACUCUAAAGAAGAGUAUCCUCCUUAUGCUUCUGGACAUGCCUACAUCACUUUAGGUAGCACGGCAGCUGAGUUAUUUGACGCUGCGCAACUAGUUCAGCCCCUCUUACCCAUGGAAGAUGUCUUCAUCACAGGACUUUGUGCUCAAGAAAUUGAGGCCGAACUUAUUCACGAACCUCGCUUCAGAUAUGAAGAACCUCCGAGACCUCCCACAUGGAGUGCUUACAGCAACUUGGCAUCAGCCCAUAGUGUCACCCCUGAUGAACUUGAAAUUAUAUGGGAAGAUAUGGCCAAAACACUACUAGAUCAUCUUUAUCAGAUAGACAAAAUGCUCAACGAAACUAUUGCCGUGCGAAAAUAAAUUGUAUUGCUUGCACUGUGUACAGCUUGGGUACUGACAACGUAUUUGUAGUCGAAAAUAAAUCCUGCAAACAAUAAUCUUUUAAAUCUUACACGCUUAGAUUAUUUACGAUACGCAUCGCAUUUUAUAAUCUAAACUUCUCUUUUCGUGCUUGUAUAAGUAAAUUCAAAUGUAAUAUAUUUUGUGUGGAUUAAUAAAAGUACGAAAAUAAACGUC